GCAUUUUAUCGCUCAUUCGCAAAGCUUAUCGAGGCGCGGCAUAUAUACCAUAUAGACGCCUCAUAUAGAAUCUACGGUGUGCAUUGUAGAGAAGUGCGGAUAGAGGAUGUGGGCUAUUCUACUGUUAAUACUGGCACUGGGCCUGCUGUAUCACUUAUUGAUGCGGCAGUACAGCAGCUGGGAGAGAUUGGGCGUGGAUGAGGAGAAAGCCAAGACCCCAAUGGGCGUACUGAACACUGUUUUGAAGAGGGAGAGGAGUCUGGGCAUGGCCCUGAGCGACAUAUACAAACGUCACGAGGGCAAGAUCGUUGGCAUCUAUUUGUUGAACCGGCCGAGCAUUCUGGUGAGAGAUGCGCAGCUGGCGCGUCAGAUCAUGACCAGCGACUUUGCCAGCUUCCAUGAUCGCGGACUCCAUGUGGACGAGGAGAACGAUCCGCUCAACGCGAACCUCUUCAACCUGAAAGGAAGCUCGUGGCGCAACCUGCGCCACAAGCUGACACCUUCGUUCUCGUCGGGCAAGAUCAAGGGAAUGUUCGGCACCAUCGACGAUGUGGGCGACAAGAUGGUGCAGCAUUUGAGGGGUGUGCUGGAGGGGGCGGAGGCGGGGGCGGACAAUGAGAUCGAGAUGAAGGAGAUGAUGACCACCUAUGCGGUGGACAUCAUUGGGUCGGUGAUCUUUGGCCUGGAGAUCGACAGCUUCAGCGAUCCAAACAACGAGUUCCGGGCCAUCAGCAACGAGGAGGCUCGGAGCAACUCUCGGCUGCUCAAGAUGCAUAACCUGGCCAUGUUCAUUUGUCCGCCCGUUGCCAAGCUGAUGAACCGCCUGGGCUAUGAGAGCCCCAUCCUCAUCGCUCUCCGGGACAUGAUGAAGCGCACCAUCGAGUUCCGGGAACGCAACAAUGUGGUACGCAAGGAUUUGCUGCAGCUGCUCAUCCGCCUGCGCAACACGGGCAAGAUUGGCGAGGAUGACGACGAGGUGUGGGACAUCGAGACGGCCCAGGAGGAGCUCAAGGCCAUGUCCAUCGAGAAGAUCGCGGCACAGGCCUUCCUCUUCUACGUCGCUGGGUCGGAGUCGACGGCGGCCGCGGCCGCUUUCACUCUCUACGAGCUGGCCAUGUACCCGGAGCUGCUGAAGGAGGCACGCGACGAGCUGGACGCAGUUCUUCAGCGGCACAAUCUCCAGCGCACGGACAAGCUCACCUAUGAGGCGGUGCAGGACCUCAAGUUCUUGGAUCUCUGCCUAAUGGAGACCCUGCGCAAGUAUCCUGGUCUGCCCUUCCUCAAUCGAGUGUGCACCGAAGAGUAUCCCGUGCCGGGCACCAGUCACACCAUCCCCAGGGGCACGCCCAUUCUCAUCUCGCUCUUUGGCAUCCAUCGGGACCCUGUUUACUUCCCCAAUCCCGAGGGCUACGAUCCGCACCGCUUCGAUGCGGAUAACAUGAACUAUGACCAGGCGGCCUACAUGCCCUUCGGCGAGGGUCCCAGGCACUGCAUAGCUCUACGCAUGGGAAAGGUCAACUCCAAGGUGGCAGUGGCCAAGAUUCUGGCGAAUUUUGAUCUGGUUCAGGCCCCGCGCAAGGAGGUGGAGUUCCGUUUCGAUGAAGCUCCCGUCAUGGUGCCCAAGGAUGGUCUGAAGUUACGUUUGAACAAACGAAAGUAGAGGGAAUAGUUGUAUUACCUAUUCCCUUCCCAAUUAAUAUUUUUGUCUUUUACUUACAUCUCUCUCUCAAAUAAACAAAGUGAAUUAUUAACUGUCA